AUGGCUGCUAACUCGGCACGGGGCCUCUCCUGCUUGUUCCCGGGUGCUGGAGGGGCGGACGGCGUGCAGAGACGUCCGCUGUCUCUCCGUAUUGAACUCCAACACGCGGAGCUUGUGCAUCGGCUCUCGGCGAAGCCAGACGGCAAUGUUGAGCUGGCCACUGCUGUCCAGACUGCAUUUGCAGUCUUGCUUCGCGCGUACACUGGAUUGGAAAGCGUCUGCUUUGGCCUCCAAGAAACUGGUGGAAAGCAUCAUGAUGCCGUCGAGAACACCAAUCCAGCAGUCGUGGUUGAUGUCGACGAGGAGAUGUCGUAUGAACAGCUCAUCCAACACAUCAGUACCGGCUCCACCAUGAAACCGUCCAACAAGGAGACCGUCGACUACAACACGGCCAUACUGUUCUGCUUUAGCAACGCAGCCGCCACCCCUUCCUUGAAACCCGCCACCAUGGUCGACUUAUGCAACCUCCGGCUCCUCGUCAAGGUCCUCAAGUCCGGCGUCAGCAUGUUCCUCGAAUACCGCAACUCUUUCAUCCCAACCGGACAGGCCCGAAACGUCGCCAGCACAGUAGACAAAAUCCUCACUUGCAUCCUCCUUAACCCUGCCGAGCGUAUCCGAGACUCGGACAUCUUGAGCGAGCGCAAUAAACUCCAGAUCGAAAAGUGGAACUCUCUGCCGCUCGAGCGCGUCGAAAGGACCGUCCACUCCAUCAUCUUGGAGACGGCGGAAAAGGUGCCCCAGGAGCAGGCCGUCUGUUCGUGGGAUGGCCAGUUCACGUAUCGUGAGCUCGAAGAAUAUGCAACCAAAGUCGCGGUGUGUCUGGUAGAACUGGGAGUGGACGCUGAGGUGAUUGUGCCGCUGUGUUUUGAGAAGUCGAAGUGGAAUGUCGUGGCUACACUUGGCACGUUGAUUGCUGGCGGUUGUUUCAUCCCGCUCGACCCAAGCGCGCCGAAGGACCGCAACCAGUAUCUCCUGGACACCGUCAAUGCCAGGGUCGUGGUUUGCUCUCUGAACUACGCCGAGACGUUCAAAGGCACAGUUGCCCAUGUCGUGGUUGUCGAUCCCGCGUUUAUCGCGGCUCAUCAUCAGCCAGCACAGCGACCGCAGGGUCGAGCAGAAAGCCACAAUGCUGCCUAUAUCAUAUCAACCUCCGGAACGACUGGUCAGCCAAAGCUGCCCCUGAUAGAGCAUGGCAACAUCUGCACCAGCGUGAAGGCGCACUAUUAUGGAAUCAGCAUGCAUGUCACCAGACCAUUGCGCGUGCUCCAGUUCUCCGCCCACUCAUUUGAUGUUUCCAUCUCCGAGAUCCUGUCAACCUUGAUGUGCGGCGGCACCAUCUGCAUCCCGGAUGAAUACACUCGCCUCAACAACAUCGCGCAAGCGAUGAAUGAUAUGCGUGUCACUCAUGCGCAGCUCACGCCGACGUUCGCGCGGUUCCUUGAACCUUCCAUGGUGCCUACUCUCGCUACCAUCGUGCUCAUGGGAGAGGCCAUGUCGCAGGCAGAUCUCGAGACCUGGUCUCAGAUCAAUCUUCUCAAUGGAUGGGGCCCGUGCGAGACAUCGGUAUAUUGUACCACGCAGAAAGGGUUGACCGCAGCUUCGGACGUACGUAACAUCGGUCCUCCUUUCCAGAGGUACGAUGCAGAUGAGCGAGCUGUAGCAUAUGCUUGGGUCGUGAACCCCAACAAUCGACAUCAGCGUGUGCCUAUUGGCUGCACAGGUGAGAUCUUGCUCGAGGGGAAUAUUGUUGGACGUGGGUAUUUUGGCGAUGAGGAGAAGACGGCACAAUCCUUUGUGACCGAUGUCGCCUGGGCUAGGAACCGACCGUUUCGUGGCUAUCUUUCUGGCGACCUGGUAAUUCAACAACCUGACGGUACCUACAAUAUCGUAGGCCGGAAAGACAAUCAAGUGAAAUACCACGGUCAGCGCAUCGAACUCCUCGGGAUCGAGCACCAUAUUAAUCUCGACCCGUCCAUCGGGCACAAUCUCGUCUUCCUGCCAAAAAGCGGGCUCUGUAAGGAGCGUCUGGUUGCAGUGGUCUCACUGAAAGAGCAUACGUGCGAGGACAAACCCCUCAUGUUAUUCGAAGGUGCAGAGAAGGAUGCAAUCUAUGCCGAGACAGAGCUCAUCCGCGCGCAUCUUGCUGAACGGUUGCCAGCCAAUAUGGUCCCCACAGUCUGGGUUGCUAUCUCGGCCUUUCCCCGCCUUUCCUCCAGGAAGCUGGACCGCAAGCAGGUCUUGACCUGGUUGACCGAUAUGCCCGCUGAGGUCUAUCAACGCGCUAUUGCUGGCGUCGAAGAAGUCAUUGGCUCGGCAGAGGAGUCUUUGUCCGAAAUGGAAGCGUCUUUAAGGUCUGCUUGGGCUCAUGUGCUGAACUUGUCCGAGCAGCAAGUGGCUCUCGAGCGUCCGUUUUUGUCAUUGGGUGGCGACAGCAUAUCAGCAAUGCAAGUCAUGGGCCAUUGCCGCAAGAAAGGAGUCACCCUGGGAGUCCAAGAUAUUUUGCGCAGUCGGUCCAUACGCCAACUGGCCACCACAGCCAGGUUCUCCGCCACGUCGGUCAGGGACACCAAAGAAGAGAUCGAGAAACCAUUUGACCUUACGCCCAUCCAACGCUACUGGUUCAGGCUGCAAGAACAGGGCCACGGUCAUUUCAACCAGUCUUUCUACCUCCAGGUCAUGCACCGAACUAGCGCCCAUGCCUUCCAUUCCGCGAUCGAGCAGCUCGUUUCCCGCCACUCUAUGCUGCGGGCCCGGUUCUCCUUCUCGGAUGAACAUGGCUGGGGACAGCGUGUCACCGAAGACAUUGACAAUUCAUAUCGCUUCCGCAAUAUAAAGGUAUUGAGUCCGGAAACAGACUGCUUGACCAGCAAGGUUGAGACUGAUACGAUGAUUGAGGACUCGCAGAAAUGCCUUGAUUACGUCCACGGACCGCUAUUCGCCGCUGAUCUGUUCGAAGUAGGCGGUCAACAGCAUGCCUUUCUCACCAUCCACCAUCUUGUUGUCGACUUGGUGUCUUGGCGUUUGAUUUUGGAAGAGCUCGAAGACAUCUUGAAGGGCGAGACACUCCUACCCCCUGCACUGCCUUUCCAGAAGUGGACUCAGCUUCAAACCAAGCACACGCGAACCCUUUCUCUUGAUGACGUAUUACCGCUCGUCGAUGUGCCCGCACUUGACUGGUCUUACUGGGCAAUCGAGCACCACGAGAAUACCUACGGUGCUGCGAGAAACACCAGUUUCUCGCUCGAUCCCUCACUUACUGCCCCCUUCCUAGGCUCCUGCCACAUGGCGUUGAAGACAGAGCCCGUUGAAGUCCUUCUUGCUAGCCUGUUUCAGGCCUGGUCUCGUGUCUUUAUUGACCGACCAAUUCCUGCCGUGUUUAAUGAAGGACACGGCAGAGAGCCUUGGAGCCCUGACAUUGAUAUCUCUCGUACAGUUGGUUGGUUUACCACUAUGAAUCCUGUCCUUGUCGAGCCUUCUGAUGACCUUGCGACUACUGUGCGUAAGGUCAAAGAUUUCCGGCGCCAGAUACCAGGCAAGGGACGACCGUAUUUUGCGCGACGGUGGUUAACCGACGACGGCCAGCAGCACUUUUCGACUCAUUGGCCUGCUGAAAUCACAUUCAACUACCUUGGGCAGUAUCAGCAACUCGAGCGAUCAGGUGCCCUCCUACAGGCCAUGGAGAAUAUGGCUGGUGAGACCCGUGAAGCUGGCGGAACCGCCGACGUCGGUCACGAUGCUCCUCGCAUCUCCCUCUUUGAAGUCUCGGCCAUCGUCUUCAAGGGCUGCAUCAAGCUUGCCUUCACGUUUAACAAGAACAUGCAGCAUCAGGACAAAAUCCAACGUUGGAUUUCUGAGUGCAGGCAAAGUAUCACAGAGUUGAUACAGACGCUUCCAAAUUUGACACCACAUCCUACACUGAGCGACUUCCCCCUUCUAUCUCUGACUGAAGAUCGCUUCCAGUCCAUGCUUCAGCGCCUCUCACAUCUCGGCAUCUCGCCUUCAGUUAUUGAAGAUUCAUAUCCAUGUUCGAGCAUGCAAGAAGCUUUGCUACUUUCGCAGUCGAAGGAUUCCGCCACCUACGCCUGCGCUACUCUUCACGAGCUCAAGUUACCCAAUGGUCGUCCGCAAUGGAAACAACUGAUUGAAGCUUGGAAACAAGUAGUCAAGUACCACCCCAUUCUGCGGACCAUCUUCCUCGAGAAUGUGGGCGUCGAGGAGCGCUUGUACGAUCAGGUUGUUCUCAGGCAGGUCGAUGCUAAUAUAGUUCACUUCGACUGUAUUGACGAGCCAGACGCAUUGGACAGGAUAGGGAAGCAGCGUUCAGUGAACUACGACAACGGCUGGUGCCCGGCUCAUCGGUUCACAGUGUGUGGUACUGCAGAUGGUCGCGUCUUCUGCUCCCUUGAGAUCUCUCAUGCCAUAUCGGAUGGGCACUCUAUGAGUCUCGUGUUCCGCAAUCUACGCGAUGCAUACAUGGAGACCCUUCGCGAUGACGGCCCGACUUACAGCGACUACAUCUCGUACGUCAUGAACCAACCCAAGGAGGCCAGCCUUGACUACUGGAGAUCGUACCUCGUGGACAGCGAAACCUGCGACUUCCCCAUGCUCAACGACGGACAAGUCGUCGAAGCCAAGGACCUCGUCUCCAUCCGUCUGGACUUUGGCAACGUCAGCAUUCGCGACCUGCACUCCUUCUGCAACACUAACGGCAUCACGCUGUCCAAUGUCAUCCAUACAGCAUGGGCUCUUACGCUCAGCAACUACGUUGGCACCAAGAACGUCACCUUCGGCUAUCUGACGACUGCCCGAGACUCGCAAGAUAUCCAUCGCGUCCAGGACAUGUUUGGCCCCGUCAUCAACACGCUUGUCUACCGUGUAGACCUUUCUGAUGGCUCGUGCUGCCUUCUGGAUGUCCUUCGGGACGUGCAACAGGAUUACCUAAAUGCUAUUCCACAUCGUCAUAUCGCACUAGCGGAGGUCCAACAUAUGCUUGGCUUGUCUGGUGCUAACCUAUUCAACACGGUCUUGUCGUACCGCAGGCUUCCUCCAGCGGCUCCAUUAAACGACACCGAUAUUCGGUUCGUCGAACUCGCGCCGAUCUACGACCCUACCGAGUACCCGGUCAGUCUUAACAUCGAGAUCUCCGAUGAUGCAGCAGCUGUCGACCUCGACUACUGGACCGACCAUCUCACUGCCGGUCAGGCUGCCAAUGUCGCCAGUACCUUCGUCAGAGCCAUCGAGAAUAUCGUUUUCAACGCGAGACAGAGUCUAUCGUCUUUGGAUCACCUCAGCAGAAAGCAGCUGCAGCAGAUCCAGCAGUGGAAUGUCAUGCCUGAGACACUCCACGACUGCGUUCACCACCGCUUCCAGUCCUGGGUCACGUGUCAGCCUGAUGCGCCUGCCGUUCGUGGGUUCGACGGCGACUACACCUACGCUGAGCUGAACGCCGCCACUGAUCGAUUGGCGCAUUACCUUGUCGAGCUCGGCGUAGGACCAGAGGUAUUCGUUCCUACAUGCUUUGACAAAAGCUCCUUUGCUGUUGUUGCCAUGCUUGCGGUGCUCAAAGCGGGCGGCGCAGCCGUGCCUCUCGACGCGAACCACCCGAAGCCCGCUCUAGUGUCGCGUGUUGAGGAUACCCAGGCCCAGAUGGUUUUGACUACUUCUGCACGCUCCGAGAUGUUUGAAGAUGUUGUUCCGGAUGUGGUCAUUGUUGAUUCUGUCCUGAUCAAUGAUUUGCCGGACGUAGAUGGUCCCCCAUGCACGGUCGUAGCACCCCAUAACCCGGCGUUCGUUAUCUUUACCAGUGGAUCCACUGGCCGUCCCAAAGGUGUGAUCCUGGAGCAUGCCGCGAUAGUAACAAGCGCCAACGCUCACGGUGCCAACCUUGGCUUUGGCCCUGGCACUCGCGUCCUGCAAUUUGCAUCUUACACAUUCGACAACUCGUUGGAAGAGAUGUUCACAACUCUCCAGCGCGGUGGCUGUUGCUGCGUGCCGUCUGAGGAGCAGCGUAUGAAUGAUCUCGCCGGUUCUAUUGCGGAGCUUGAUGCCAACUUCAUGGAUCUGACGCCUACGGUUGCUUCUUUUCUCAACCCCAAGGACGUACCGAGCAUCAAGAGCAUGGGGCUUGGUGGUGAGGCACUAACCAAGGCUGUUAUUGAGAAAUGGAGCCCUCAUGUUCAUCUCCAUGGUCAGUACGGACCGUCCGAGGCUUCCAUCAACAGUGCUUGGAAGGACUUCGAGCAUGGCGGUGAACCAACCAACAUUGGUAGAGCUAUUGGUUCAGUGAGCUGGAUAGUGGAUCCAGAUGACCGUAACCGUCUCGUGCCUAUUGGAUGCCGGGGCGAACUGCUCAUCGAAGGCCCUAUUCUCAGUCGUGGCUACUUGAACGACCCCGAGAAAACGAAUUUGGCUUUCAUUUCUGCUCCUAUGUGGGCGCGCACUGAUGAUGUCAGUGCGAAUGAGCGCAGGUUCUAUUGCACUGGCGAUCUGAUGCACUACACUUCACAGGGAGAAAUGAUGUACCUUGGUCGUAAGGAUAGCCAGGUCAAGCUCAAUGGCCAGAGGAUCGAACUCGGCGAGAUCGAGCAUCAUCUGAAGCUUAGCUUGCCCGGCGAUGCGCAGUCGGCCGUCGAGCUAGUCAACUUCACUGACGUUAAAGCCACGAAGGCUUUGGUUGGCUUCCUCUGCUUGGCUACCGGCUCAAGCGACGCUUCCACUGCCAUUGGUAAGAUGACGGAGUCUGUACGAAAUAUGGCAAAAACGCUAGAAGUCGAGCUUGCCAUCGCGCUCCCGGCGUACUAUGUCCCGUCCGUGUUCAUGCCCGUUACCUCCAUGCCCAUGACGACGUCCGGAAAGCUUGACAGAAAGACCCUCCGACAGCUUGCCCAAGCCGUCCCAGAAGAGCAACUCCAAGGCUACCGACUUGCUGGGAAGAGCGGCCGUGCGCCUUCUGGGCACGCUGAAGUCGCUUUGGCGCGGUUAUGGGCAGUCAUCCUCGGUCUUAGCGAAGAAGCUAUCGGCGCAGAGGAUUCGUUCUUCAGGCUCGGCGGCGAUUCGAUACGCGCCAUGAGACUCGUCGGCACCAGCCGAAAGGAAGGGCUUGUACUCAGUGUGGCAAGUAUCUUCUCGCAGCCGAAGUUGGUAAACAUGGCACAGUCGGCGGUUGUUCUUUCAUCCGAUCAGCAUAAUGACGAACCCGAGCCUGACACUGCUCCCUUCGAACUCAUUCCUGCAGACGACAGACGCCGUAUCAUCGAGUUUGCUGCCUCUGAGUGCGGUGUCUUUGCGGACGCCCUGGAGGAUAUUUACCCAUGCACACGUUUGCAAGAGGGCCUCAUCGCGCUCUCCACAAAGGAACCAGGAAGCUAUGUGGCCCAGGUUAUCUACCGCCUACCCCCCAACACUGACAUCUAUCGAUUCAAGCAAGCAUGGGAUCGUGUCAUCGCGGCUGAAGCAAUUCUACGCACUCGCAUCAUCUACGUCGAAGAUCGGGGGUUCCUCCAAGUCGUUGUUCGCGACGGCGUUGAGUGGCACCAUUUGGCCGACCUGCAAGACAUCAGCGAAACCCAUCGGCACCUUCCAGCCUCUCCAGGCGACGUGUUGGCAACGUAUGCUGUUGUCGGAGAAGAUACUUCGUCGCCCUUCUUCGUUUGGACAGCUCACCAUGCCGUCUAUGACGGUUACAGCAUGCCGAACAUCUUGUCCAAAGUGGAAGCGGCCUAUCGGCUCCCCAGUGAAGCUCCAGUCGCUGCGGUGCCUUACUCCCGAAUCAUCAAGUAUCUUUCAUCUGUUGACGAGAAGCAGUCUGACGCGUUCUGGCUCAGCAAAUUUGAGAACAUCUCCGCCCCUCAGUUUCCCCAACUCCCAAGCCCCGACUACAAAGUUCAAGCAUCGAGCCAGCUCAUACAUCAGAUCCCUUUCGCUCGCCGUUCUGGAAUGGAAACAACCUUGCCAUCCAUGAUACGUGCUGCUUGGGGCUUUAUGCUCGCUACAUACUCUGCUUCCGAUGAUGUUCUCUGGGGAGAAAUCAAUUCCGGUCGUGAGGUCCCCGUUCCGGGUAUCGAAGAUAUCGCAGGACCGACGAUUACAACAUCACCAACGCGUGUGAAACUUGAUCGCCAGCUCACUAUCAGCGCGUAUAUGCAACAGGUCCAGCGUCAGUUCUCGGCCGUAUUGCCAUUUCAGUUCGCUGGGUUGCAGCAUAUCCGGAAGCUGAGCAAUGAUACCGCGUUGGCAUGUGACUUUCAGAGCCUCCUAGCAAUAGCCGCCGGCGACAGUAUGAAGGACCCCGACGGUGGCUUAUGGGACUUACAGAGCACUGGAAGCGUGGGCACCAACUUUUUCAACUACGCGCUCAUCUUCAACUGCAUGGUUGAGAAGGACAGCAUCCACGUCGAAGCCCACUAUGACAGCCACGUCAUUGAAACAUGGCUAGUUGAACGGCUGUUGCAGCAGUUCGCUUUUCUUCUGAACCGCUUCAACUCGCCAGACUUCUCUGAAUGCACCCUCGGGGAUUUUGAGCUACUCAAUCCCAAGGAUCAUGCCGUCAUUGCCUCGUGGAACGACAAGCCUGUACACACCACUAACCACUGCAUCCAAGACGUGAGUAACCCUCCCAAUACCCUUAACCAUGACCGCCUACCUGGUGUCACACUCGCUAUCAUAUUCGAAUACCAAGUCAUCCUCCGUCCAUCAGCCACCGCCAUUGAGGCUUGGGACGUGGGCACCCUGACAUAUCACGAACUGGACCAGCAAGCCACGCGCCUUGCUUCUCGCCUGAUCUCGCUCGGCGUCAAGCCCCGGGCCUUUGUGCCCCUCUUCUUCGACAAGUCUGGCUUCACCAUUAUCGCUAUUCUGGCGGUCUUGAAAUGCGGAGCUGCAUUCGUUCCUCUUGACUUUGAGGCACCAAUCCUCAGAAUCCGCGAGAUCGUGACUGACGUCAACGCCAACUUGAUCCUUUGCGCUGGCCAGUACGAAAGCGUCUGCCGCUCCAUUCCAUGUGAUACCCUCGUCGUGGAUGCAUUAACAGACCGCCCCGAAGGGCGUCCCCACAGACUACCUGAGGUGCAGUGCGAUACUCCCGCUUACGUCCUGUUCACGUCGGGCUCAACUGGCAAGCCAAAGGGUGCCAUCAUCAACCACAACUCCUUCGUCUCUGCGUCUGCUGCCUACGCUCCGGCCUGGAAUAUCACAGAGAAGUCCCGCGUGCUACAAUUCGCCAGCUAUGCUUUCGAUUGCUCACUCAUUGAGAUCUUGAGCGUAUUGAUGCAAGGCGGUGUCUGCUGUGUGCCGGAUCAGAAAGAGAGGACUAACGAUCUUGUUGGCGUGAUCAACAGGAUGCGCAUCAAUUAUGCGGCUUUAACGCCGUCACUGGUCCGCACCCUGCAACCAUCCGAGGUUCCGGGGUUGAAGGACUUGACGCUUGUUGGCGAGGCGAUGUCGCAACAGGACUUGAACACUUGGGCAGACCGCGUCAGUCUUGGGAAUGGUUACGGUCCGACCGAGUGCUCUGUCGUGGCGACUUUCAACAACAUGACGUCAACAACGAAGCCCAACAAUAUUGGGAAGAUUAUCACGGCGAGAGGCUGGGUCGUUGCGAAAGACAAUCAUGAUGUGCUCGUUCCCCUAGGAGCCGUGGGUGAGCUUCUCAUGGAGGGCGGCGGCGUUGGUGCAGGCUAUCUUCACAACCCCAAGAAGACUGCCCAAGCCUUCAUCAGCGACGUCAAGUGGACUGUGGGAGCCGACUCUCUGGGGGAAGGUGAGACGAGACGCUUCUACAAGACUGGUGACCUGGUCAAGUAUAACGAGGACAGUACGCUAUUAUACCUUGGAAGAAAAGACGACCAAACUAAAGUUCGCGGACAGCGUCUUGAGCUGGCGGAAGUUGAACACCAUGUCGUAAGCGACCCAGCGGUGCAGAACGUACUGGCCGCGGUCCCUACGUCUGGACCAUGCGCCAAGCGUUUGGUCGGUGUCAUAUCGCUCCAGAGCAUGCCCAGCAGCGAGGCGAGCGAGGAGCUUCGGCUGCUUCCCAACGACAUCGCCUCCCUCAACGUCGCUUAUAUCCGGGAUAGGCUCUGCGACCGCGUACCUUCCUACAUGGUGCCGUCCCUCUGGGUGGUUGUCGGACGGUUCCCUUUGAUGCCAUCUGGGAAGAUGGACCGCAAGCGAGUCGUACAGUUCCUUGAACGUAUGGGAAGCGACACAUACCGUACAAUCUCGACACUCGGCUUGGAAGAGGCCAAGGACCAGGCCGACAGCGUGGAGAGAAGACUCCAGGCUAUCUUUGCAAAGGUGCUCAAUCUAGCCUCCGAGGAUAUCCGACUAAACCAAUCCUUCCUGCAUUUGGGCGGCGACUCCAUCAGUGCUAUGCAAAUUACCAGUAUCUGCCGGAGCAACGGGUUUUACAUCUCGGUACAGGACAUCAUCCGAGCCAAAUCGAUCACAGCUCUUGCGUCCAUUGUCUCGGUGGCUGGUGCGGAUCAUGCCCCUGCGCACACAGUUCCAGACUACAACUUGCCUUUCGAUCUUACGCCUAUCCAGCGCGUCUUCUUUGACGCGGUUGGAGAGGGGUACAAUCACUUCAAUCAGAGCGCUGUUCUUCGCCUUGCCCGGGCGUUCAAGUAUGAGGAGAUCAAGACUGCGCUCAGUUCGCUGGUUACUAUUCAUCCCAUGUUGCGAGCACGCUACAACAAGUCUGAAUCCAGGAUCUGGAAGCAAAUGAUUGAGAAGGAUACCACAGCUUCCUUCCGACUGAGACAGCAUCGGGUCAGCACUGCAAAUGAGCCCACAAUGCGCCCGAUCAUCGAUGAAAGCCAGGCCACUUUGGACAUUACAUCUGGCCCGACAUUCUCCGCGGACCUGUUCGAGAUCGACGAUACGUUCUCACAAGCGAUCGCGUUUGUGGCCCAUCAUCUUAUCAUCGACGUAGUCUCAUGGGGCAUCAUUCUCGAAGAUCUGACGUCGCUGCUCAGUGGCACGACUCCGCCUCCCCAAAGCCUACCGUUCCAUGCAUGGGGAGAACAGCAAGCCGUCCAAGCUCGAAAAGACACUGCGAAGAGGGUAUACCCUCUUCGAAAUGUCCUGCCACCUGAUAUCGCCUACUGGGGAAUGCCGGAUGGCUUGCAGAACAUCAAUGGCGAUGUCAUCACCGAGGAGUUCGAACUCAGUCCCAAGGACUCCAUGCUACUGCUUGGUGCUCAUGAUGCGUUAGCGACAGAGCCCCUCGACGUCUUCCUCGCAGCUAUUCUUGAGUCGUUCAGAAAAGUGUUCCCUGAUAGGAACUGCGCCACAGUUCAUAACGAAGGUCAUGGCCGAGAAUCUUUUGAUGCGAAACAAGACCUCUCCCGUACUGUCGGUUGGUUCACCACGUUGACUCCCAUCCACCUUCCCGUCUCCUCGGAAGACAGCACGGACAUCGCCAGCACCAUUCGAUGGGUCAAGGACCUCCGUGAACGGAUUCCCGGCAAAGGAAGACCUUACUUUGCGUACCGACUUUCUGGGGAAGCAUCGCAGGAGUUCUCCAGCCACUGGCCUGCCGAAGUGACCUUCAACUACCUCGGUCGCAUGCAAGCUCUAGAGCGCAAAGACGCCUUACUCCAGAGACUCGAUGGCGUCAAUACCUCCGACAUUGGCGAUGACGUUCCUCGUCUUGCGCUCUUUGAGAUCACGGCUGUUGUGGCUCAAGGCACUAUUAAUCUGUCGUUCUGCUACAAUCGGCAUAUGAAACGUCAAACAGAGAUCAAGCAAUGGAUCGGGGAGUGUCGCCAGACUCUCGUCGACGCGGUGGAUCGACUCCUUCAGGCACGGCCUGAGCCUAGCCUGAGCGACUUCAACCUGCUGCCACUCUCGUACAACGGGUUGUCAAAGCUCUCGGCUGUACUGCCAUCUGGUAAUAACGUUGCCGAUAUCGAGGACAUCUAUCCGACUUCGCCGAUGCAGCAAGGCCUGCUUCUGUCCCAGAUGAGGUCCCCCGAGCUGUAUGCGUACCGAUGCAGUUUCGAGGUCUGCGCGGCCGAGCCUGGCUCAUCUGUCAACCCCAGGAAGCUCGCGGAAGCCUGGCAAAACGUCGUUCACCGGCAUCCAGCGUUGCGUACUGCCUUUAUAGAGAGCCUCUCUGAGAGGGGUCGCAUGGACCAGAUAGUCUUCAAGGAGAGGUCUGGACAAGUUGUAUGGAUGGCAGACUGCGAUGGUGAGGACAUGGCUCGUUUCUUGCGCGAGCAGCCUGCAAUUGACUAUCGCGAGUUUGGUGCGCCUCACCGCUUUACUGUAUGCAAGACCAAGGCAGGCAGGGUAUGGGUGCAGCUCGACAUGUCACAUACAAUCUGUGACGGCGGCUCAAUCCCGAAUCUCCUCAAUGACCUUUCGCGCGCCUACGGAGGGAAGCUUUCUCGGUCCGACGCUGGACCACUAUUCAGCGAGUUCAUUGCGCACAUCCUCUCAAGCUCUCGGGAAAGCGACAUCAACUAUUGGAAAACUUUCCUCCAAGGUGCUGAGCCUUGUAUCCUUCCUGCGUUGAAUGACGGGAAGCCUGGUGCGCGUGAGGCUGUUUCGUUCGAAGCUCACAUUGCGGAGACUGCCAGCAUCCGAGCCUUCUGCAAGGCCAACGGCGUAACGUUGUCGAACGUGUUGCAACUGACAUGGGCGCUGGUGCUGCACUAUUAUGUCGGUACCUCGGAUAUCUCGUUUGGCGUCGUCGCCUCCGGCCGCGAUAUCCCCGUCAAGAACAUCGAGGAGGCGGUGGGAUGCCUCGUCAACAUGCUAAUCUAUCGACUUAACUUCUCAGACGAAACGCCGGUACACCAACUCCUUGCAUCAGUGCAAAAUAAUUCGAUGAAUGCCCGAGACUACCAAGGCUCUUCGCUUGCGGAUGUUCAGCACGAAUUGCAGCUGCCGAGUCUCUUCAACACCGUCUUCACUUUUCAGCGACGACACAUCUCCCGUGGCUCCGAAGAUACGGCGCUUCUCUUUGAAAAUAUUGAGGCAGCGGACCCCAGCGAGUACGACCUUACUCUCAACGUCAGUGACGAAAGCCCCGCCGGGAUCACAAUCGACUUUGGCUACUGGAGAGAUAAGAUGUGCGACGCGCAGGUGCAUAACCUAGCCGAUACAUUCGAAAAGAUCCUCAUCAAUCUCACUUCCAUCGCCGAUUCGAAAGCUACUGUUGGCGAUAUGGAUAUUCUUCCGAUGGGCAGCCUCGAGCAGAUCCGGGUAUGGAAUGCGAACCUCCCUCCACCUGUCCGUCGUUGCGUACACGACAUCGUCUCCGAGCAAGCGCUCCUUAGACCUCCAUUCGCCAAGGCCGUUGAAGGCUGGGACGGUACAUUUACUUACCAGGAGUUCGAUGCAAUCACCAACUCGCUGGCCAUCCACCUCCAGACCCUGGGAGUUGGUACUGGGACGUUUGUGCCAGUCCUCUUUGAGAAAUCUUCAUGGGCUAUCAUGAGCAUGCUAGCUAUCAUGAAGGCUGGGGCAGUAUACGUGCCACUCGAUCCCAGACACCCUCCCACCCGAUUGCGCCAACUGGUCUGCGAUGUUGGGGCCAAGGUCGUUGUGUGUUCGAGGAGCCAUCAAUCACUUGCUAGCCAAGUUGCGACGACAGCAUUCACCGUGGAUAAGAGGGCUAUGGAAUCGAUCCCGACCAGAGGACAGAGACCGAAGUCCGAUGUCACUCCGGACCACGGGUGCUACUGUCUCUUCACAUCAGGCACGACUGGUACGCCCAAGGGGACCAUCGUUUCGCAUCAGGCCUUUUGCACAAGUGCUGCAGCUUUUACCCCCGUUUUGCAUAUGGACAGCACCACGCGGACGUUCCAGUUCGCGAGUUACACCUUUGAUGCCAGCUGUGUGGAGAUACUGGCUGCACUGACGGUUGGUGGUACGGUCUGCGUGCCGACUGAAGAUGAGAGGAUGAGCGAUCUCUGUGGCAGCAUUAGCAGGUUCGGGGCGACUUGGGCGCUUCUCACCCCCUCUGUGCUUGGCAGCAUCAAGCCAGAGUGGGUGCCGGGCUUGAAAACACUUGUUGUGGGUGGUGAAGCAACUACACCCUCGGUGCUGACGGCCUGGGCUUCCAAGAUCUGCUUCGUGGAAGCUUACGGUCCAACGGAGACCGCUAUCAUAUGCGCUACCUGCGCAAAGUCGACACUGGAGAAAAAGGUUGUUGAUGCUGAUCCUGGUACCAUUGGCAUGGCGACUGGUUGUCGAACCUGGGUUGUACAUCCUAGAAACCACGACAAGUUGAUGCCCGUCGGUGGCAUCGGCGAACUCGUCGCGGAAGGCCAUAUUGUCGCCGCUGGCUAUCUUGGAGAUGAAGUCAAGACCGCCAAGGCGUUCAUCGAGAAACCUGCUUGGGCAUCGGCUUUGUCUUCGAUUGACAAUACCUUCUCCACUGUCCGAAUGUACAAGACAGGGGACCUUGUUCGAUACAACAGUGACGGAUCUCUCACAUACGUCUCCCGGAAAGACACGCAGAUCAAGCUCAACGGGCAACGUAUCGAGCUGGGAGAGAUCGAGUUCCACGUCAAGAGCAGUUUCCCCGAGGGCGUGCAAUCAGCCGUCGAGCUUGUUGCGCCUAUGGGCCGUUCUGCCAAAGCGCUCGCUGUUUUCUUUUGUGCUGAGGGUCUCCAGCGAGGAGUGCCCGCUGAUGCUUUGCUGCCAACGUCCACUGAUCUCCCGGCUGCAGAUGAUGUUCUCCUCAUGGACAGUCUGCUCCGAGACAUGUGCAAGGCAAUGGAGAACGCAGUUGCCGGUGUACUGCCUUCGUACAUGAUCCCCUCCAUCUUCAUCCCGGUCUCGAAGAUGCCCUGGACGGCUGCUGGCAAGCUUGACCGAAAUCGCCUCAAGAACCUCGUCCAGAAUAUGAACAAGGAAGCAAUUUCGACGUACCGCUUAUCCAGUGCUUCCAACAUGCGGAAGCCGACCAAUGAAACGGAGAAGAAGCUACAGAAACUCGUUUGCUCCGUCCUCAACCUUCCGCUCUCCUCUGUGGGCGUCGACGACAGCUUUGUAAGACUCGGUGGUGAUUCUAUUGGCGCGAUGAAGCUUGUGACCGCAGCGCAUGCGGAUCAUUUGGACCUCUCUGUUGUCGAUAUUUUCAAGACCCCCCGCUUAUCUGACCUGGCGGCCAAAUGCGGUGCUGUCGACGAGAAGAUCGAUGUAAAUAUCGAGCCUUUUGAUCUACUACCCCGAGCUCUGUCGCGGUCGCAGGUUCUCAACGAACUCGCAGAGCAGUGCCGCGUAUCGAAAGACCAGAUACAGGACGCCUAUCCAACUUCUCCGCUCCAAGGGGCCUUUGUCACGCUAUCAACACGACAACCCGGCGCUUACGUCGCCCAGCAUGUUUUGACUCUCGCGAAGUCAGUGGGCAUAACAAAGUUCAAGGCUGCAUGGCAAAAGGUCGUCGCCGAUCUAGACAUUCUGCGUACACGAAUCGCUCAGCCUCGGUCCGGAAAUUUCGUCCAAACAGUGCUCGUCGCUGAUCCAAUCACAUGGGGCGAAGUGGACAGCUUGAAGCAAGCUGAGAAGGAGGUGACGAGGAUCUCUCAAGAUCUAGGUGGAAAGCUCGCAGCAUACACCCUAGUGCGCACUGCUUCGCACGAAUGCUACUUUGUCUGGACGCUCCACCAUUCCCUGUAUGAUGGCUGGAGUCUACCACUCAUCCUGGAUCGUGUUCAGCGCAUUUACCGGACUGGGGUGUCCGAGGUUCCCAAAACACCAUACACCAGGUUCAUCAACUACCUUCAAGAAUCCGACAUUGUGGCUUCAGCGAAGUACUGGAAAAGGACACUGGGUGGAGCUGCUCCCUAUCAUUUCCCACAGCCAUCACACUCGGCCUUGAGCGAAGAAAGGCAUGACGGGAAGCUUCUGCACCAUACCAUGAAGCUCGCUCCUCACAAGCACGCGGAUAUCACGCCAUCCACCGUGAUCCGGGCAGCAUGGUCUCUGCUUCUUGCAGCGUACAGCGGAAGUGACGAUGUCGUUUUUGGUGAAACUCUUACGGGCCGCGACAUCGCGGUCGCCGGGAUCGCAGAUAUCUGCGGUCCUACGCUGACGACUGUGCCUAGCAGAGUGUAUAUCGACCGGGAAAACACUACCCUGGAGCUUUUGGAGGUCGUCGCUGGGGCAGCAACCGACCGCAUCCCCCAUCAACACUUCGGCCUUUCGGAGAUCAAGCGCCUCGACUCGGACACAGCGGCCGCAUGCGACUUCCAAAACUUGCUUGUCAUCCAGAUUGGUACUGAACCGCCUUCCGAAUCUUUGUGGUCUUUCCACGAUGACGGUACGCAAGCAAACUUUUUUACGUACCCGUUGGUCGUUGAGGCCACUGCGAAGCGCACCAGCGUCGAAGUCUGCGCCCACUUCGAAUCGAACGUUAUCUCAGCUUGGGAAGUGCAGCGCAUACUCUUCCAGCUCGAGUCGGUCAUACACCAGCUCAACACAGUCAGCAAUGUCCGCGAUAUACACGUCUUUAGCAACCAAGACGCGGAACUCGUGCGGAAUUGGAAUGCUCGCGAACCCAUUGUCGCUGACGAAACGAUUCAUGCCCUCUUCUUCGAACAAGUCAAGGCUCGACCGACUGCUACCGCCGUGUCCGCCUUCGAUGGUGAGUUCACGUAUGCUGAACUCCGUGAAUUAUCCUCGAGAUUGGCGCAGAAGCUUGUGGGCCUUGGUGCUGGGCCAGAGAGAUUGGUCCCCCUCUGCGUCGACAAGUCGAGAUGGGCUAUCGUAGCUAUCAUGGGUAUUUUGAUCUCGGGAAGCGGCUUUGUGCCUUUGUCGCCGCAACACCCUGCCUCAAGGCAUCAGCAUAUCAUCGAGAGCUGCAGUGCUUCAAUCAUAGUUUGCUCGCCUGAGUAUGAGACACGGUUCAACGGUCUUGACAUCGUCAGGGCCGACGAGAAGACUAUCCGCCAGCUACCUGUAUCACGUUCGCGGAUCCAGUCUCGAUUGAAGAGCAACAAUAUUGCAUAUGUCAUGUUUACGUCCGGCAGCACCGGCCUACCCAAAGGAGUCGUCAUGGAGCACCGCGCCUUUGUUGCUUCCUCUAUGGCCAUGCGACGGGCCCUGAACAUGGAUUCUCCAUCAACACGCGUAUUCCAAUUCGCCUCUUUCGUCUUCGAUGUGUCUAUGCUGGAGAUCCUCACUACCUUGACAUGCGGGGCCGUGGUCGCGGUCCCCAGCGAACAAGAACGCACUUCAGACCUUGCGGGAGCAAUCAACAGGCUGAAGGCCACAUGGGCUUGCUUGACCCCGUCUGUCGCGAACGUCCUUGAAGGGCCAACUGCAGUGCCCACGUUGAAGACGUUCGUCUCAGCUGCCGAGGCGCUAACGACUGAAACGAUCGACAAGUGGGCGACCGGUCUGCAACUCAUGAAUGCCUAUGGACCGACAGAAAACUCUGUGUUGUCAGUAGUGAACAGCAACGUUUCCACCGAGCGAGACCCUACAGUCAUUGGUCACCCGCUUGAAAGUGCUCGUGCUUGGCUCACCGAGGCCGACAAUCCUCAUCGCCUCGCGCCAGUGGGUGCUGUGGCUGAGCUCUGCAUCGAAGGACCACUACUCGCCCGAUGCUACCUGAACGAUCCGGCGAAGACGGCAGAGGUCUUCAUCGAGAACCCAGCCUUCAUGAAGGAUUUCUCCAGCAAGCCGCACACCCGCAUAUAUCGAACUGGUGACCUCUGCAAGUAUGCCUCUGAUGGCGCUGUGAAGUACCUAGGACGAAAGGACAAUCAGAUCAAGCUUGCGGGUCAACGCGUUGAACUGGGUGAGAUCGAGCACCAUCUACAGGCCGAUGAAAGCGUCAAUCUCGCUGCCAUCCUAAUGCCCAAGACUGGCCCUGGAAAGAGGAAGUUGACGGCUGUCGUGUCCUUCCACGGUUCUUCUGGCCCUUCCGUUGCUAUCCAACAGCGCUGGAACACAGCGCUCACACAUCUAGAUACGCUUCGCCAGAUCAACGCUGCGAAGGGCAGGCUCUCCGAUCUGUUGCCCCCAUACAUGGUGCCCACGGUCUGGGUGGCUGUGCCUAGUAUACCGAGACUGGCUUCCGCGAAACUGGACAAAACGACAGUUGAUGGCUGGAUAGGGAAUAUGGAUGACGAGACAUACCGCCAGAUCUUGAACGUCGAAAGUUGGAUCGAGACUGCGGUGCCUGCGAGCGAGGGCCUGCAGAAGCUCCAGAAAAUAUGUGCUAAAGUACUCCAUGUGUCCGUUCAGGAUGUGCAAGCCCACCAGUCGUGGGUCUCACUCGGAGGCGAUUCUCUCAUCGGAAUGCAUUUCCUCGCUCAAUGCAGAAAAGAGGGUAUCAGCAUCACUCUGAAUCAGCUUUUACGGGCCAAAUCUCUGGCGCAGCUGGCCGAAACCGCUCUCCCAGCUACUGGGUUCGAGCACGGAGAAGCACAGACAGAAAAGCCGUUUGGCCUUUCGCCUGUCCAGCAACUCUACUUCCAGAAUAUUGAAGAUGAGACUGCCACGCACUUCAACCAGUCGUUCACGCUUCGCUUGGCACACCAGGUGGAUACUGGGGCGAUCAGGAACGCUAUCGAUGCCGUCGUUCGUUGUCAUGGCAUGCUUCGCGCUCGCUUCUUGAAAGGAGCGAGAGGGCAGUGGCAGCAGCUCGUCCGCGGCGGAUUAGAGGGAACGUACAAGUUUGAUGUUCACGAAGUUGCCAUCACUUCAGGUAUAAUCGACAUCAUUGCCAAUACUCAAAAGAGCCUCAACAUCUUCGAAGGCCCGGUAUUUGCCACCGAUCUCUUCAACCUCGGAACGGGCGAGCAGGUCUUGUUCAUUACCGCACACCACCUUGUCAUCGAUGUAGUGAGCUGGCAGAUCAUCCUAGCCGACCUCGAAGAGCACAUCGUCUCCGAAUCCUCACUGACCCAAGAGCUCCCCUUCCAGGUUUGGGUGGAGAAGCAAGCAGCCCAUGCAAUUCAGCCUAAUCAAAUCGAGCUCAUGGAGAAGCAGACUAUGAGCUUCGAACCUGCCGAUCUCACGUUUUGGGGCAUGGAGAACCGUAUCAACUUGUACGGCAAUGUCGAGCACGAGUCCUUCACUGUCGGUGAAGAUAUUUCUGCAAUGGCUCUCGACAACCAUAGUGUUCUGCGUACAGAUGUGGUCGACUACUUCAUUUCGGCAAUCAUCCAUUCAUUUUCCCGUGUGUUUGUCAGUCGAACGACUCCGACCGUUUUUGUUGAGUCUCAUGGCCGCGAGCCGUGGGACAGUACUGACUUGUCGAGAAGUGUGGGUUGGUUCACUUCAAUGUACCCAGCUCAUGUUCCGAUUGCCGAAGAUGAGGACGAUGUGAUACAGACCGUCCGCCAAGUGAAAGACCUUCGCCGUAGUGUCAUCGAGAAUGGACGUUCGUACUUCGCCCACCGAUUCAUGGCUGAUAACGGAAAGCAACGAUUCGAGUCUCACGAGCCUAUGGAAGUCUUGUUCAAUUAUCUCGGCCGAGGCGCGAACGAUUCCAUCGACUCUCUUUUCCAGCCCAUGCAGUUCAGCGAGGAUGAAGAGGCCCCAAUGUCAGAUCUGGGCGCCGCUGCAAAGCGCCUCGCACUCUUCGAGAUAUCAGCAACCGUGAGCCAUGGCAAGAUCAAAUUCGACUUCCUAUACAACCAGAACCAAAAGAACCGGAAGGGCAUCCGACGCUGGAUUGCCGAGUGCCAACGCACGCUUGAGGAGGUCGUCACCUCCCUCGCGAAGGUCGAUAAGCCUCAGCCAACCCUAUCGGACUUCCCACUUCUGCCGCUGGAGUCGUAUGCCAGGUUGGAUCGCGUGGUCAAUACCUUCCCUUCAGCUGGUAUUGUAUCAUACGAUCAGGUUGAGGAUAUGUAUCCCUGCUCUGCGAUGCAGGAGGGCAUGCUACUGAGUCAGAUCAAGGAUCCAAGCGCGUACUGGUCGUUCGCUGUGUUCGAGGUCAAGAGCAAGCACGACUCGGUUGAUGUGCGUAGAGUGGCAAAGGCAUGGAAGAACGUCGUGGCCCGACAUCCGGCUUUGCGUACCGUGUUCGUUGACAGCGUCUGCAAGGGCGGAGUGUUCGACCAGAUCGUUGUUAAGGAACCCGAUGCUGGACUCCUGAUAUACUCCGCCGACGAAGCUGAUCUUAGUUCGAAGCUAGACUCGGUCAAGUACGCCGACCACAACGGCAAGAGGAAGCCUCGCCUCCCCCACCAGUUCACAAUCUUCCAGGUCAGCUCUGGGAAGGUUGUUGUGAAAUUGGAGAUCAAUCACAGUGUCAUCGAUGGUGGGAGUUGGGCAAUCAUCGCCAGGGACCUGCAAGAUGCGUACGCGGGUCGACUUUCCGCGGACGGCCCGUUGUACAGCUCAUACGUCAAAUACCUACGCAACCUGCCAGCCGAUGCUGCCAUCGAAUACUGGAGGGAACAUCUUCAUGGCGUAAAGCCCUGCUACCUGCCCAUUGUUCCGCAGAAUGGAACAAAACAACGGCAGCUGCACUCGCUCUUCAUGGAUUUCAAUCGCUUUCCAGAGGUCCAGAGUCUCGCUGGGAAGAGCGGCGUGACUUUCGCUAACAUCUUGCUCGCGACUUGGGCCUUGAUCUUACGAUCGUAUACCUCGGAUGCGGACGUCUGCUUUGGGUACUUGACCUCAGGCCGCAACGUUCCGAUCGAGAACGUUGAGAAUGCCGUUGGAGCCUUCAUCAACAUGCUGUGCUCCCGCAUCAAGGUCUCUCAGUCUCAGUCGCUUCUUGACGUAUUCUACAAAGUGCAGAACGAUUUCGUUGAUAGCCUGCCACAUCAGCAUUGCUCGCUUGCUCAGUUCCAGCAUGAUCUUGGGUUGAGUGGGAAAGCGUUGUUCAACACGGUGAUCUCGGUUCAGAACUACGGAGCCACAGCGGCAGGAGAACACGUACCAUCUGAUGGCCGGAUCGAGUUCGAGCAUCUGGACGCCCACGACCCUUCAGAGUUCGCCGUUACCGUCUCGAUUGACGCCACUCGCGGUGAUGAAGCUGUCAAGUUCGCCUACUGGACCGAUGUAAUAUCGGACGACGAAGCAAGGAACAUUUCCAACAUGAUGGCCAAGAUCCUCACCCAAGCCAUCGCGGACGUGACCAUGACCAUCACAGAACUCGACGUUGCCAUCCGACGCCCAGAUAAGCCCGCCAAACAAGCCACCGACUCGGCAAUGCUUACACCAAUCCGCGGGCAUACACCAAGGCCCACGUACCGCCGCACCCGAACAGGCCCCGAACCGUCGAGGCGCUCAAUCUACUCAACCCGCGAAACCGGCCCACUCCAGGUCAUGACGCUACCAGGUGCUACGCCCGACUGGAGUUCCCUCAUCCGCUCCAUUGUUAGCGAGAUGGUCCCCCAAAUCGUUGACCAAGUAUUGGCUAAGAAUAAGGACGCCCCACCGCCCGCACAGUCGUCUGUCGACGAGAUGUCUAGUCAGAUGACCAGCAUGUUGGCGCGGAGGGCGUCUCUGUCAAAGCGAGGGAGACCGGGCUUGGAUCGCAAGAUAAGUAUGGCGAGUGACACAGAGAGUAGGAUUGGUAUUGCGGCGGACAUGGUGGCUGCGGCAGGAGUUAUUGCUACAGAAGCGCUCAAGGGCGUGCCAUCGGAUUUCGUGGAGAAAAAGUUGAUGACGCUGUGGGGAAAGCUGUUGGAUAUGGUGGAGGAGAGUAUUGAAAAGAACGACAGCUUCUUCCAGCUCGGGGGCGAUAGUAUUAUUGCCAUGAGGCUUGUGGGUGCAGCGAGAGAGGAGGGGCUCUCGAUGACUGUUGCGGAUGUCUUCAAGAACCCCACGUUUGCCGAUAUGGCUCGGGUUGUGCGUGUAGCCGGCGAAGUCAUCGACCAGGUCAUGUCACAGACGGGCGACGGGGGGUCAGUCACCGGGAGGCCAGGCUCCUCCAAGAUCCAACCCCCGGAGCACACGGCUUCCGUGUGGAAAGACAUCGAGCCCAUAGCUUCAGAGCACGCAAUUCUAGACGAUACAAUCGAUGGCGGCAUCAGGCCGCCUACUGGGCCCGGGGGGGGGAAGCGACCCUAUAUACGAAAAUGGCGAAGGCUUCUCGUCCUCCGACACUCCAUCGACGGCCCAGCCAAUAGGACCAAAGCCAAGUCGCAGUCAGAAACACUGGGCUCCGACGACCAUCCCCGAAGGGUUUUCCAUGCACACGCCAAAGUCUUCAAGGGCGGCAUCUCCGAUGUUCUACCCGUGACUGACUUCCAGUCACUUGCCAUUACCGGCACCCUUUUAGAAUCCAGAUGGAUGUUGAACCAUUUCUACCUUGAUGGCCAUGGCCCCCUCGACAUUCGCAGGCUGAAGCAGGCUGCCUUCCGCGUCGUCCAGGCUUUCGACAUCCUUCGUACGGUUUUUGUUCCUUACGGCGACCGAUUCUUGCAGGUGGUGCUUCGCAAGCUUCAACCCGACUUCAUCUACCAGGAGACGGACCUCGACAUCGGAGAGUUCACUACCGAGCUACGGCGGAAGGACCGCGAGCAUGGACCGCGCCUCGGUGAAGCUUUCGUGCAAUUCGUAGUGGCCAAGCAGAAGAAGACCGGACAAUACCGUAUCCACAUGAGGCUCUCCCAUGCCCAAUACGACGGCGUGUGUUUACCGCGUAUGCUGGAGUCUCUGGAAGCGGGAUACAACGGUCUCCCCGUAUCGAAAGGCCCUAGCUUUGGGAACUAUGUCCGAGAGACCGCCACAGCGAGAACUGUUGCAGGCGCCCACGAUCAUUGGCGAGAGAUUCUCCGCGGCUCCGUGAUGACGCCCAUUGUCGAUCGGUAUGGUCCGAACUAUCAACGCGCUGCCGGUCAAACCGUUACACUCAAGCAGAUGCUCACAGCUCCGACUCUGUCCCAUGUCAACAUUACCACAGCCACCGUCGUGAAGGCGGCGUGGACCGCCACUUUGGCGCGUAUCGCCAACAAGUCCGACAUUGUCUUUGGUCACGUCAUUAGUGGCCGCAACAGCACGCCGUCGGCUUCAGCAAUAGUCGGUCCUUGCCUCAACAUGGUACCCGUACGCAUCGUCUACCGUCCUGGAUGGACGGUGCUCGACCUUCUCGGCAACAUACAAGAUCAGCAAAUCACCAAUAUGCCAUACGAGUCUCUCGGCUUCAGGGAAAUCAUCAGAAACUGCACCGACUGGCCUGACUGGACGAACUUCUCCAGCGUCCUGCAACAUAACCAGAGCAUCAUCCACUCCGACGACGCAACCUUCAAAUUCGGCGGCACUGAGUUCAGGCUCGGUGUCGUAGGCACGGAGGAAGACUUUGCCGACUUCUCCAUCGUUUCGAUAUCUCAUGGGAGCGACCAGGUCGAGGUAACGCUUACCUACGCGCCGAACAGCACGAUCACCACAGAGUUCUCUCAGCACGUCUUCAACAUGCUUUGUACGAACGUGAUCGCGUUCUCUGAGGACCCCUACGCGCAGCUUCCUUCUCCAUCCGAGCUGUCAACCGGCCCUUUCACCACGAACACCGCGUCGGAAGCUGACGGCCGCAAGAAGUCGGGCGAAAAUGUACCGCUCUUGCUGCCCAGCGACACGGGUCUAUCGAUGUCCGAGAUCACGAAACUAGCUACGCAACUGCGCUUCGCAUGGUCGCAGAUCCUGCGCCCCAACAGCACGGGCACACCCGUGCACGUCGAUCUGGACACACACUUCUUUGAGAGCGGAGGGGACAUCAUGGGUCUCGCCCAGGUCGCCUCGAUACUGGAUCAGGAGGGCCUAAGGGUCCGAGUCGAGGACUUGCUCUCGACCCCGCUGUUCGUGGGGCAGGUCGGGCUGCUGGCCGAGGAGAGGAAGCGGGUGAUCGCGAGAGAACGAAUGAGCCCAUGGGGAGAGAAGGGCGCGAGGAAGGAGAAGGAGGAGAAAGAGGGGGGAGAAAGGGCUGGUAGAGAGGCGAAGUUGGGUAGAGUAGAGAGUGGGUUUGGAAAGGUGCUGGGGAAGUUCGGGUUCAGGAUGCGCGAUAGGGUGAAGCAGGCGAAGGCUUAG